AAAUGAAUACAUUUGUGUGUAGACUUAUUUUUUGUGCAAAAAUUGCAGAUUAUGAGAAUAUUAUACACCUGUUUGAUAAUUUAAUAAAGAAAAAUAUUACACAACAUAUUACAGGAUUACUUUUAGUUUAUUCUGAUUUCAUGAUUCAUUUAAUUGAAGCUUCAGAGGAAGAUAUAUUUCAAUUGUGUCGUGAAGUAUUUACCAAUAAUUCAAGCAGAAUGACGAAUAUUAAAUGUUUGUACAUGCAAAAUAAUGCAAAGAAAAGAUUUUUUAAAGAAUGGUAUUUUAAGAAAAUGAAAAAUAAUACUUUAGAGGAUGAUAAAUUAAAAGAACUUGAAGAUAAUUUUGAAAAUGUUUCCUCAACAUAUGAAGCAGUAGUUGGAAAUUUAUUUAAAUUGUACAUUAAACUAUGGCAUAAAUUGCGAUUAGGAAGUUAUGAAAAUUUUAAUGAAUAUUUGGAUUUAAUAGUUGUAAAUGGUCAUCCGAACAUUCCAUCUAGAAGAAAUAUAAAAUUUAUACUUCAAAGUGUGUGGGGAUAUAAUUUAACAACAUUAGUAGAAAAUUAUUAUAAUUUAAAUUAUUUCUCUAAUUUUGACGAUUAUUCUUCAGUUUCCGAAAUGAUACAGGAAAUUAAUCUUAAUUAUAACAAA